AUGAUAUGUGGCUCGUUAAUGGCAGUGGUAAAUGGACUGAUCCCCUCACUGGGAGCCAUGAUAUACGGAAACCUGACAGACGAGCUUGUUAUCCGGAAAAACUGUAAUUGCACUUUGAACGAGAGUGGCGCGACAAUCAUGUUAACACACCUGAUUAAUCUGGAAAUGAUUGAACCCAAGGUAGGAGAAAUUGAUGUCAUGAACGCCAAAUCGAUUGAAGUCUUGCUGAACGAAACAAUAAACCGAGUGGUAGUUGUGGGGCUAAAUGGACAACAGCUGGUCUACAAGACGUUCGAGAGAGUAGCAUCGGUUAGAAUGACAGGUACCGUUCUGACAGGUGAAGGAACUGCGGGAAUUGAUGUUAGAGGAACUCAU